AUGGCGUCAAAAGUAAAACUCACGUUCAAUGUCCUUUUCAUAUCCGCGGCAGUGAUUCUUAGUAAUGUGAUCCGUUUUAAACUUCUGCCCAUAGACAACGAGACAAAGCUCUCGCUUGGGUAUCCUAGAGACAGCCUUCUAAAUUUUACAGAACUGGCUAGUGAAUAUGGAUAUGCGACUGAGGAACAUACAGUCGUCACUGAAGACGAAUAUUUGUUAACCGUAUUCAGGAUUGUGCGAGGCAAGAAUUGUAAAGGGAAAAUUAAGACACCACCAGUAAUCCUCAUGCAUGGAUUGCUACAAAGUUCCGAUGCGUGGCUGGAUGCAGGUCCGAGCGCCGGGCUGGCCUAUCUCCUAGCAGAUGCGUGCUAUGACCUGUGGGUCGGAAAUCAAAGAGGUAAUUAUUACGGUAGACGACACCUUAAAUAUAAUCCAGAUGAAGACGCCGAAUUCUGGAACUUUUCCGUCGACGAAAUUGGACUUUACGAUAUUCCAGCGACUAUUGAUUACGUUCUAAAUCAGACUAAUGUUAACAAAUUAAACUACAUCGGAUAUUCCCAGGGUUCCGGAAGCUUAUUUAUCAUGUGUUCUGAAAGACCCGGGUAUUGUGAUAAAGUGAAGAUUUUAAUCGGUGUAGCCCCGGCUGCGAGACAAACGUAUUCCAAGUCUGUGAUUUACAGAUUAGCAACUAAAAGCAUUGCAGCAAUGGAGGGUGUCAUAAGAGGUGCUGGUAUUCAUGAGAUUUUCGCAAAGGGACAACUGAGCCAGGAAGCUCUUGGGUUUAUUUGUCAAAUGAGUGCGAUCGCGGAACCUGUCUGUGGUACUGCUGAACAGUUGUUUGAUUCCUUCCAUCCGGGGUCGAUAACAAAUACGACUCUACAAGUAAUGUUUGGACAUUUUCCUGCUGGAACAUCUGUUCACAACAUGGCGAGGUAUGGCCAGAGUAUGUCCACGGAUAAGUUCCAGAAGUUUGACUAUGGGAAAGAUGUAAAUUUACUUAAGUAUGGUAGUGAAAUGCCUCCAGAAUAUAACUUGAAUCGAAUGACAGCGCCCAUAGUGAUAAUAUAUGGGAGGAAUGAUCAUUUGGUUGAUCCAAAAGAUAUAGCCUGGUUGGUGGAACAAUUACCGAAUGUGGCUAAUGUUAUGGAAGUGACUGAUCCUCUAUGGAACCACUUUGACGUGACAUAUAGUCAGUAUACCAGUGAGUUAAUUUUUCCGACUGUGAAUAAAUACUUAACAAAGUUUAGCACAUCAUAA